ACAUAUCCACUCCUGUUCUCCCUCCUCCAGGUGACCCCAGCCAUGAGGACCAUCGCCAUCCUUGCUGCCAUUCUCCUGGUGGCCCUGCAGGUCCAGGCUGAGUCACUCCAGGAAAGAGCUGAUGAGGCUGCGACCCAGAAGCAGUCUGGGGAAGACAACCAGGACCUUGCUGUCUCCUUUGCAGGAAAUGGACUCUCUACUCUUAGAGCCUCAGAUUCUCAGGCGAGAUCCACGUGCUAUUGCCGAACUGGCCUUUGUGCUGCCAUUGAGUCCUACUCCGGGAAGUGCUACAUCAAUACCCGCCGCUAUAGACUCUGCUGUCGCUGAGCUUCCUAGAUAGAAACCAAAGCAGUGCAAGAUUCAAUCCAAGGUCCUGAAAAAAGAAAAACAUUUUACUCUGUGUACCUUGUGUCUUUCUAAAUUUCUCUCUCCAAAAUAAAGUUCAAGCAGUAAACUUA